AGCUUUAAAAAGCCAAGCAGCCCCGGGCAGGCGGUUAGAAGCAGAGUGAGGUGCGGCGGGUUAGCGAGAGGGAGUUUGGGGGUGCAACGGGUGGUUCUUUGGGCUAAAGGGCGGCGAAAUCCUUGCCCACCACUUCGACUCUGAUUUGGAUUUGUAAAGACGCUUGGAGCCGCUCCGCUUCCCUUCUUCGCCACCGCCACCUCCGGGUGAAGGAACCUGCCCGCUCCCUAUCCACCAUGUCCAACGUGCACCUCUCUAGCGCCUCGGCUUUGGAGCGCCUGGCGGCUCGCCGGACAUUCCCCUUGCACGCUCGCACCGGGGUGUGCAGGAACCUGUUUGGUCCCGUGGAUCACGACGAGCUCAACCGGGAGCUGAAGAGCAAACUGCGGGAGAUCUGCGAGGAGGGCCAGAGGCGCUGGGGCUACGACUUCCAAACCGAGACGCCGCUGGCCGGUUUGGGGAGCCUGCAGUGGGAAGAGGUAGACGGAGAAUCCGUGCCCGCUUUCUACAGGGAAACCCUACAGGUUGGGAGGUGCCGCUUCCCGGCGCUGAUGGUCAGAUCGACGCCUCCGCCUGGAGACGAGGAGGCGUCUCUUGAGCUCGAUCCCCGAGACCCUCACCAAGAGCUGGGGCUUUCUUCCACCCCCUCCCCGCUUAGCCCGCAGGACAACACGGCCGCCUUGGAAGGCUCGACGUCGGCAGGCGAGGAGCGCCUCAGCCAGGAGGACAAGGCCGACCAGCGCCACAGCUACUCAGGGAUUAUAAUCAAGCCUGUCCCGUGUGUCGCUGCGGCUCUUAAAAGAGCAUCGUCAACCAGCGUAACUCACAUCACAGAUUUCUUCGCAAAGCGGAAAAGAGUCGUAGACAGAGUGGCCGGCGAUCGUAGCAGCCCGUUAGCAACUUCGGUCGCAGCGGUGCCUAACGAGCAGACACCCCGGAAAAGGCUCCGAUGAACGAGAUUUUGCACUAUAUAACACCGAAGUGAUUGUUUCCUUGGAAACACCAAGAGCUUGAGAGGCCCUUCCUCUCCCGCGUGUCAAAGGGGGCUGGCGAGUGAGACUAGACCAGCAUAAGGAAGAAGAGUCGCCUGUUUGUUUUUUUCGCUCCUCCUCUUCAUAACUCGUGCCCCGAAGGAACUGCUUGAACCUCCAUGUAGCAAAAGUGGCUGACUACCAGUCGCCUGACGGAGCAGUGUUAAUUUACAACUGUGCAAUGUAUUAUGUUUUUAUAUAUAUAUAUAUAUAUAUAUAAAAUGUAUUAUACCUAAUGUGAGUACACUGGCCAGAAGUGUAAAAGCUUUAAAGUCACCUAUAUAAAAUGUUUAAUCUCUGCUGAAUUCUCAGUGCAAAAAAAAAAAAAAAACCCCCACAAAAAAACAAAAGUAUAAUUUGUAAAAAAAAAAA